GCAAGCACUUCCGGGUCACCGGUCCAGCGCUGUGGUUUCCGUGGCCGAAGAGGUGGUCGCAGCGGGCGCCCUGCCCGGCUCUGCUAGCGCCGCGGCGGAAGCGCCUUCCCUCAGAUGUCGAAUGGGAGCGCGACCCGGCUCUCUGCUGGCCCGUUGCAAAGUUUGCAUCUCUCUGGCCCUUUUCGCCUCUUCUCCACAUACGUGUACCGACUGGUGUUUACCUUCAACGGACUAAAUGUUUCGUUUGACUCCCGUCGGCGGUCAGGACAUCAAUGCAAGCCUGAAGAAAAAGUAAUUGCUUCAUUUUAAGCCAUGGCAUAUCAGUUAUACAGAAAUACAACUUUGGGAAACAGUCUUCAAGAGAGCCUUGAUGAGCUCAUACAGUCUCAACAGAUCACCCCCCAGCUUGCCCUUCAAGUUCUACUUCAGUUUGAUAAAGCUAUAAAUUCAGCAUUGGCUCAGAGAGUCAGGAACAGAGUCAAUUUCAGGGGCUCUCUAAAUACAUACAGAUUCUGCGAUAAUGUUUGGACUUUUGUAUUGAAUGAUGUUGAAUUCAGAGAGGUGACAGAACUUAUUAAAGUGGAUAAAGUGAAAAUUGUAGCCUGUGAUGGUAAAAAUACUGGCUCCAACACUACGGAAUGAGUAGAGAAAUGCGGCUUUUUUAUGCCACCUUCUGUUACUUUCAUCGCUUUUUGAAGACAAACAUAGAAGAGACUUUUUUUUAAUUUAUUCUCACGGUGCAGAAAUGACAACACUGUGCUAUACUACCCAAGGGUUCCACAGAGAGAAGCAUGUGGCUCUGUUCUCUUACAUGACCUUUAGUACACAGCAUAAAUGGAACUUUUUUAAAUGACAAAUCAAAAGUGGUUGCCUUCACAAGAAUAUUCUUCAAUAAACUUGUUUUAAAACUU